CAAGAAGGUUAAACUGCUACUUAACAAACCAAUCUACACAGGAAUGACUGUUUUAGACCUCUCCAAACUAUUCAUGUAUCAAUUUCAUUAUGGAUAUGUCAAAAAACAGUAUGGUGACAGGGCAACUUUGCUGAUGACUGAUACUGACUCCUUGUUUUACAAGUUUCAAACGGAAGAUUUGUAUCAAGACAUGGUUCAAAAUAAAGAGUUAUUUGAUACAUCCAACUACCCACAGAACCAUUUCCUUUAUAGCGAGACAAACAAGAAAGUAGUUGGGAAAAUGAAAGACGAAACCGGUGGGUAUCCCGUAAAAGAAUUUGUGGGACUGAGAGCUAAAAUGUAUUCAUUUUUGAUUCACGACGAGAAAGAAACGCAGAUAAAAAAGGCAAAGGGAAUUACCAAAGCUAUCGUCGCCAAGGAAUUAACCCAUCUUCAUUACAAGAAUUGUCUUUUUGAACAACAACGAUGUCGACAUAAGAUGCAGAACAUUCGUAGUGACAAUCAUAUCUUAUAUCUAAAGUCUAUCAAUAAAAUAUCAUUGUCGCCUUUCGAUGAUAAACGAUGGUGGUUAGCUCCAUUUUGA